GACUAAUCAAUAUCAAUUUUAUCAUCAUGGUGAAGUACUCGUGUCUUGUUCUUGUUGCAAUUUUUCUUCUGGCCGGACCCUACGGCGUUGUAGGUUCUUGUGAGAAUGACCUGACAGAAGCCGCCAAGUAUCUUCAAGAUGAAUGCAAUGCAGGUGAAAUUGCAGAUGAAUUUCUACCCUUCUCUGAAGAAGAAGUGGGUGAAGCAUUGAGCGACAAACCAGAAAAUGUGCAAGAAGUCACCAACAUCGUGAAAGGAUGCUUUGAAGCUGAACAAGCCAAAGAGCAUGGAAAAUGUGAAAGAUUUUCCGCUUUGAGUGAAUGCUACAUUGAAAAGAAUUUAUGUAAAUUCUUCUAAAAUAUUUUGAAGAAAAGUUAUGAAUGAAAAUUUUCUGAAAUUUUGUUGCAAAAAUAUAUAAAUUGCCCAAAUAAA